UAAAAAAUAUUAUACUUACAGUUAAAAUUAAGCAUUAUUUAUGUUACAGAAAAAAACGCCUCCUCAUAUAUGAUGUUUUCGUCUGCUGCCAUUUUUCAUCUCUUCAGUGAACCGGAAGUUUCAGUGUAACGGUAACGGUCACUACGGUAACGGUUAGUCACUUGUUUCAUGUAGCUAGCUUAUGUCAUGAUUUAAUUGACUAACUUUGUCGCAUUUUUAUUAACUUUUCCACUUCAGCCAAGUGUAAAAACUUUUUAGGUAUAUUUUCAGUUUUGUCCCUGAUUUUUGGCGCAGUUUUCUUUCAUAAUUUUCCGCGUUUCCCCUCAGUUUUUAAUGCGCAAAUUGAAAAUGCGCACUUUGGUGGAUGCAAAUACAUGUCAUAGUAAUUAACUGCUGCUGUUCAGCUGCGCACACCACCGCUACUCCGUGUGGGAUUGUGUCACUACAGUGAAAAGGGAUCACCAGUUGAUCAUGCAGUCCAGUAAUUAACCUGAGCCCGUUGCAGUUUGAUUUCAUCUCUCCAGAGUGCCUGUCAUGGUGCCUUCAGCAGUACCUGCCAUGCUCUGUUGGACAGAUUUCUGGAGGAGAACCUCUCAGAUCAGCUGUUUCCUCAUCAUCUGGACUCAGAAGACGACAGCCAAAUUACCUCCUGUGAUUUUGAGUCACCGUGCCACUGGACUUUAUCAAAUCACAGCGACCAAAUCGACUGGUCAGUGGUGUCGCCACAGCAACCAGAAGGCGCUCAGGCGGGGAUGAUGCCCGUGGCUGACCACUCAGUGGGAAGCUCUGACGGGCACUUCCUCCUCCUAAGCUCCUCCCCUGCCGCUGAGGCCUCUGGGAGGUGCAAGUACCACUUAACCAGCCCAGUUUUGCCAGGAAACGACAGGCACUGCAUCCUGCAGGUGGCUCUGUAUGAGUCCGGUCCAUCGGUGGGGAACCUCACGCUCCUGAUCAAGCCGGCCCACUCAGGUUCAGCUGUUCACUCUGUGGUUAUCAACCACAGGCGACGUGACGACCGCAGGGCUGAGUGGGAGGUUCUGGAGACUGUGAUUGGUCAGGUGGACGAGCCCUUCCAGGUGAUUCUGCUUUACACUUCCUGUUUGGGGGAAGAUGGAGGCACUGUGGCUCUGGACUCUCUGGAGCUCAUUGACUGUGAAUCAGAACACCAGGUCAUCAGUCUGGAUACGGCUUGUGGGGAAUCUUUCCUCUGUGAAAACUCAGGAUUCUGCAUCGACCCAAGCCAAGUGUGCAACUUCCACACCGACUGUCCUCUAGGAGAGGAUGAGGGCUUCAUCUGUGGUGCCCUUCCGUUUGGCUCUCACUGUUCUUUUGAACAGGAUGCAUGUGGUUGGUCCGUUUCAAACCGGCACUCGGCCUGGAGAAGGGUUGCUGGAGACGAACUUCUGGAGAAAGAAGACAUGCAGGGUGUCGCUCUGCAGAGUACACCAGGGCACUUCCUGUUUCUGCAGGUAAGAGAGAGUGAUUCCCUUCGAGAGGCGUCCAUUCAGAGCUCCUCUUUCCCUCCCCCGGUCUCUACGACAGCCUGUCAGAUGCGUUUCUCUCUGUACCUGUAUGGGGACUUCAAUGGUUCAUUGCUGGUGGCUAUAGAGGAGAAUGGGACCAGCACUGCACCACUGGUCUGGGAGAGAAAUGAUCAGUGGACAGAUGACUGGGAGGAUGUUGCCCUGCAGCUGACAGGCCUUCAUCAUGGGUUCCACGUUAAGGUGACGGCCGUGUGGGGAAAAGGCUCCAAUGCUGAUGUCGCUCUCGAUGACAUUGCGAUCGGAGCAGCCUGCUUCGACACAGAUCUGAACUCUCUUUUGCCCAUGGCGGACUUGGAGGAUUUCUUAAGCCCCCUUCCAGAGCCUUCAGCCUCAGAGGUUUCUUUGAUGACAUGGUGGUUUAACUCAUGCGGUGCCAGCGGUCCCCACGGCCCGACCCAGGCCCAGUGUGACAGCACCUACAGGAACAAAAAUGUCAGUGUUACUGUGGGGAAGGAAGAGCCCUUGAAAGGAGUCCAAAUGUGGAAGGUGCCUGCUACUAACAGAUACCUGAUCUCUGCUUACGGGGCUGCAGGAGGGAAAGGAGCCAAAACCCACAACAAACGCAACCACGGGGUCUUCAUAUCUGCCAUAUUUCCUCUGGAGAAAGGAGAAAUACUUCACAUCUUGGUGGGCCACCAGGGAGAGGAUGCGUGCCCGGGGAGAAAUCCCCACACCCAGAGGAUCUGCCUGGGAGAGUCGUCAGUGAUCGAAGACAACCUCCGGGGAGAGGCCGGGGCCGAUUGGGCCGGGGGAGGAGGCGGAGGUGGGGGAGCCACCUACAUCUUUAAGAUGGAGGGAGGUGAGGUGGUUCCCCUGCUGAUUGCCGCUGGUGGAGGAGGAAAUGCCUACCUGGAGGACCCAGAGUCCAAUCUGGACCAGAUACCACUGGAGCAGUAUGAAAACAGCACCAUAGCUCCCAGUACCAACGGUCGAACUGGUGCUGCAGGUGGAGGUGGAGGCUGGAGAGACAGUCCCAGUCCUCACCUGAGGGCGGGAAAGUCUCUGGUGGAGGGUGCUGAGGGGGGGUCCUCGUGUCCCUUGGCCCUGUCCAAGCUCAGCUGGUCCACCUUUGGGGGAUUUGGAGGUGGAGGUGGAGCCUGCACGGCCGGAGGCAGCGGAGGAGGUUACAGAGGAGGUGACGCUGCGCUGACGGAUGAGAUCACAGCUGACGGUCAGAGUGGGAUCUCAUUCAUUCAUCCAAUGGGAGAGAUUUUCCUUCAGCCUCUGGCAGCCAUGGAGAGUCACGGCGAGUGUGAGAUCAAGGUGCAGCUGAACUGCAGCCACUGUCAAACGCAGAGCUGCAAAAGAGACGAAGAUGUUCACCUCAUCCUCUGUCUCUGCGAUGACGACGACGAAGUCCUGGCCAGCGACAACGUCACAUGUGUCAGCACUAUAGCAGCUCCUCAAGGCCCGUCUCUGCAGGGCCAGAUGUCGACAUCGUUGAUCCUGGCGGUCGUAGUCUCCACCAUCGCGAGCGGCAUCGCGCUGAUCUGCACCGGCAUCAUCCUCAUGUGGUAUCGCAGGAAGAACGACCUGCACGCAGUGAGGGGGCGUCUGCAGAGUCCAGAGUACAAGCUGAGCAAGAUCCGCUCCUCCACCAUCAUGACGGACUACAACCCCAACUACUGCUUCGCAGGGAAGGCCGCCUCACUCAACGAGUUGAAGGAAGUACCGCGCAAGAACAUAACACUGCUCAGGGCUCUCGGCCAUGGUGCAUUUGGUGAAGUCUACGAAGGACAAGUUCUGGGGAUGAGCAGCGAUAACAGCCCCAUGCAGGUGGCGAUAAAGACUCUUCCAGAAAUCUGCUCCGAACAGGACGAAAUGGAUUUCCUGAUGGAGGCCCUGAUUAUGAGCAAGUUCAGCCAUGACAACAUCGUGCGCUGCAUCGGCGUCAGUCUGAACAUCCUGCCACGUUUCAUCCUGCUGGAGCUGAUGACCGGAGGAGACAUGAAGAGCUUCCUGAGACAGAACAGGCCACGAGCUGGCCAGACCUCCACUCUCAUAAUGCGGGAGCUGCUGCAGAUGGCCAGAGACAUCGCCUUCGGCUGUCGCUACUUGGAGGAGAACCACUUCAUACACAGAGACAUUGCUGCCAGAAAUUGCCUGCUUACCUGCCCUGGACCAGACCGAGUGGCCAAAAUUGGGGACUUUGGCAUGGCACGAGACAUAUACAGAGCCAGCUAUUACAGGAAAGGUGGUCGGGCCAUGCUGCCGGUCAAAUGGAUGCCACCGGAGGCCUUCAUGGAGGGAAUCUUCACCUGCAAGACGGAUACAUGGUCAUUCGGAGUGCUGCUGUGGGAGAUCCUCUCUCUGGGCUACAUGCCGUAUCCCUGUAAAACCAACCAGGAGGUGCUGGAGUUUGUCACCAGCGGAGGCAGGAUGGAUCCUCCCAAGAGCUGUCCGGGGCCUGUCUAUCGGAUCAUGACCCAGUGUUGGCAGCACUGUCCCGAGCACCGACCCAACUUCUCUACUAUCCUGGAGAGAAUAAACUACUGCUCUCAGGACCCAGAUGUGAUCAACACACCCCUGCCAGUGGAAUAUUCCCCCACUGCAGAGGACGAAGGCGGCACAAUAAUGCGUCCCUCUGACCGCACCUCCACCAGCCUCACUCCACUCCUGGUGUCCCGUCCUGUCUCCCGGGCUUCCUCCCCCCAGCUGGGUCUCUCCUCUCUGGGCCUGGGUCCAACCCCUGUCCCUCCACAGCCCACCAAACCCCGUCUGCUCCUCCAGAGGACCCAGCCCGUCCACCACCAAGUGACAUCGUGCCGCGAGGCUUUGGAGCCGUCCUGGGCCGAGCCCGUUCCUGCCCCUGGUUUGUCUGCGGGAGGCCACUGGCUCCACCCUGAGCCUCCUCAUCACCGGCCUUGCUCCAGAAACAGCUCCUCCUCGGGGAGCCAGAGGCUGAAAAACAAGACGAAGAACCUGUGGAACCCCACGUACGGUUCCUGGGUUUUGGAAAGCUUCCGGGGGAAGAAAACUCUUGCUCACACUCAGUCCAUGCCGCUCUCCAGUUCCGCUACCUCCACCUCCAACACUCCUCAGACCUGCAACCCAACCAUAGAGAGCAACGAGGCUGGGUGCGACAGCUGCACUUCCUCGACUCCGUCCCCGCCCUGCCAGGCUCAACCUGUGCCGAGCACGUCUUCCCAUAAGACCCUGGCAGGUGGUGCCACAAAAGCUGGCAUGGACCUGGCUAAGCUCCAGAGUUUCCCCUGCGGUAACGUCAACUACGCCUAUGAUGAGCAAAGCUAUGAGGCAGAGAGCCUACCCUUGGUUAUGCCCAAAGUCCCAGAAGGCAUCACAAACACCAGCUCUGCCCCCAGCGUGUCCUCGGGGACCAGCCUGGGACUGGCGUUAGGCCUCCACACCGCCUCAUCUUGCAUGCCCAAGCUGCUGCUGAAGCGCCACGCCAGCUACGGACACGAGGACGUGAGGAGACACACCAAAGCUGAGAAGCCCACACGCGACCGAGACUCGGGCUUUUCUCUGUCUGAAGACCUCAGCGUUACUCCGAUCUAAGAAACGGCUCGCCGUAACAGGAUCGAUAUGAAAGUCAAAUGUCACGUAGAGCCCCUUUUUCUCACAACCUAAGACUGGAUAUCUGGAACAAAAAGCAUGACCACGAGGGCUCCGCUACGGUCUGAGAGCCACAACAUCCAAUUAUUAGAUCUCCUGGAAUGCUGGAAAACACAAACACUACUCUGCACUGUGAUACAGAGAGCCAACGCUGGACUCAGAGCUCCUUCCUGGGCCUCUGGUACACUGGUAGCUGAAACACUGGAUGACACGCAGCCCUGCGCUUUCUCAAUGCCCGCAGCUGUAGUUGGACUCCUUUUCUACCUAUUUGUUUUUUCAUGGAAGCUUUGAAAGUAGUAUAUGUUGCAUUAUAGUAAACAAUUUGUUGGAAUUUGUAGUCAUCAGUGUACAGUAGGACCAUAACAAGCUAAAAUAUUGAGCCAUUGGGAAGAGAAUCUCCAUGCAUGUCUUUUUGUUCAGUAAAGCAGUAGAGUUACUAAAACAACUUCAUUUAUAAUUAUACGCAUACUUUAGAAACUUGCGGUACAUUUCCGUGAUUCUGUUUUGCUUUCACCCUAAAUAAUGUGAAAACACUGACGCCUAAUAUACUGCAAUAACUUCGAUGCUUUUUCUCAACACACGGUCUUACUGGUUGUUUCCAACGCUUCCCCAGCAGAUGGAGUUUGCUCAGUUGUCCAUGGAGGAGUCACAAGGAGAUCAUAAACCCUGUUUUUAUUCGAGGAUGGUCUCAUACACCAGAAGAUCCACCAAAUCAGUUGAUUAACGUGAAGUCUAUGGAUCCUGUUCGUUCUCUAUGGAGAGCAGGAGCUCCGGCCACGUGUUGCAUAAUGGAUCAGACACGGCGAGUUGACAGACCGGUCGCCGUAUCUGAAUUUGCAUAAUCAUGACUCGACCUCAACUAAUGAGGUUCGUCCAUCGCAAGGCAGCAGGCUCGCGAAACUCCGAUCAAACGGUCAAACUAGGCGAUCAAAUAUGAAUCAAUAUUCUGUUACUGUAAUGCCUAUUUCUCUCCUCAAAUGUUUUCAGAAACAUCCUGUAAUGUACUGUUUAGCUAUAAAAUGAGAAAGUUUGGUGACUUGGUAGAUCUGCACCAUUAGGCUGCAUUCACACUUGAUCAGGCGUUGCAGCGAUUCUCCGCAGGGUUGUGCAGAGGUCUGGGCGAGUCACUUUGGUGGCCCGUUAAACCCACAGUAGGCAGUAUAUUUUUGGCAUGAUUGGGCAAAACUUCCAUAAUAACCUUUCAGCAUAUUGUAAUUUAAGUGUUCUGAGCGAUAACUAGACUUCUGCU